AUGACUCAAUUCCCAGCUGCAUUAAACCCACAUCAAGAUGAUAUCUUAAAGAUGUUAGCUUGUCAAACCCAUCUCGGUGGUAACAACGUUGAUGUUGAAAUGGAAUCAUACACCUGGAAGAGAAAGGAUAAUGGUCACUUCAUCAUCAAUCUUGCCAAAACUUGGGAAAAGAUUCAAUUAGCUGCUCGUGUCAUCGUUGCUAUUGAAAACCCAGCUGAUAUCUCAGUUAUCUCUGCCAAACCAUUGGGUCAACGUGCCGUCCUCAAAUUCGCCAACUUUAUCGGUGCCACCGCUUUCUCUGGUCGUUUCACCCCAGGUACCUUUACCAAUCAAAUCCAAUCAAAAUUCACUGAACCAAGACUUUUGAUUGUUGCUGAUCCAUUAUUAGAUAAACAACCAUUAAUGGAAGCUUCAUACGUAAAUAUCCCAACCAUCGCUCUCUGUGAUACCACCUCAUGUUUAGACGGUGUUGAUAUUGCUAUCCCAUGUAACAACCGUGGUAAAAACUCAAUUGCCUUAAUGUUCUGGUUAUUAGCUCGUGAAGUUUUAUACUUAAGAGGUACCAUCCCAAGAAACACCACCUGGUCUGUCAAAGUCGAUCUCUUCAUCUACAGAGAUACUGAUGAAGAACCAGAAAAAGAAAAAACCGCCGCUGUUGCUGCCGCUCCAGUUGCUGCCGUUGAAGCUGUUGAAUUCACUCAACAACCAAUUGCUGAAUGGUCUGCUCCAGAUAACUAA